GCAGUCGGUAGUCGCGUGUUUCGUCCUGUUUGUUAGUUAGGUUUCGUUUCCUCCGUUUCAUGGAGGGUUAGAUUCGUUCGCUGAAAUCCAUUUGCUCAGCCGUCUUCCCCUCGGUCAUCUGUCUCACACGUGCAGACACAGACGCCGCCCUUGUGGACUGCUCAGAAAUAUAAAGCGAUCAGCCUUUUCAUUUUUUUUUUUUCAACCAAACACGACGUGCCUUCAUUAGGUUGCACAUCAUCCGCUUUCGGAAACAUUUCCCGGUUGAUUUUAGUUGUGUUGCUUUAUGUUUUAGCGAAGUAAACAUGACUUUUACUUCUCGUUGUCAGAUUGGACUCGACUUUUUUGAGUAUUUGACCGAGACUAAUCGAACCGUAAUCGAUGACAAAAUCCAGCUAAGAGAUAUUUACAACAAUGAGUUCCGGACCAGAAUUCUCGGGAAAAGAGACUCAAACUUUAGUUCGGUUCUGUAUGCCAUGAAAAUAUGCAAGAAAGCAAUUAUACGGGGAAACAAGGUGUCCUUCACCAAACAGGUCAAAGCUAUGUAUGUUGACCAAUGGAGCACAUCUAGCAAACGACCACGGCAGCCUACCCAAAAUCAAGAAGCCGUCAAAGACAUCAUAUUAGCAGCCACCAGCUCACCAGAGGGAGCAGAGACGGGAGUAAGAGCCCGGAGGAAACUGGCCCACUUUCUGGUUAAAAAACUGGCAGAAAACAGGACGGAGUAUAUCUCUGACAAACCUGACAUCUGCAUCAUCUCUGACUGUGAGAUUGUUGAUGGAAAAUAUCGCUUUCUCAUGAAGGGCACAUAUGAGGGGAGCCUUACGCUAAGUGUGAAAAACAUCGGACAAGAAGUCGUCUUCUUCACCUACUACACUCCGCUGUACUGGCUCAAAUGCCUGAAGCUGUCCGACGCACAAGGAGUGACCAAACAGAAGCCUCUGCAACUCAGUCCAGGUGACUGCUACAACAUCCUGGUUGAGUUCAGGUGCAACGAAGUAGGUUACUAUCCUGCGACACUGGCCUUUGAAUUCAAAAAAGGCCCGCAGAAGUCUUCCGAUGUGUUCCACAUUGUGCGCACCAUCGAAGCGCAGUGCGUCACUUCACUGGGAUUGGAGCUGGGUGCUGAAGCACCCUACAGGGCCAACUCACUUCCUGCUUGGACGCCUCAAAAUGAGUGCAGGAUUGUGGAUGGUCAACCACCUGAGGGGCUGUCUGUGAUGAAGCUGAAAAAUGAGGUUCAAUUAAAGCAGUACAAAGUUCCCCAAUACAUGGAGAAGCUCAUCGAAGUGUUGAAAAUGCCCAAGUUCAUUUCUGAGUCAAGGAAGAGAGUGCUGGAGAGUCCCUUGAGCUGGGAGAACUACGCAGAGAAGUUCCACCUCAUGCUGUAUCUGGAGGAGCUUCAGAUGGAAGUGGACAUCAGGAGUUACAACAUCCCCAACAGCAGCAAAGAGCACGCUGUCCUGAGUGCCGACCCCAGAAUCAAGCACCUUCUCGUACUAGAGGUCCCAGGCGUGUCUGAGAACCGCCCCUCUGUGCUUCGAGGAGAUGCGCUGCUGGUGUACCCCCAAGGAGAAACGGGAGUGAAGUACCGUGGCUACGUUCACGGAGUGCUGCUGGACAGCGUCAAACUGGGCUUCGCUUCAGAGUUUUUGGAUCGUUUUAAAAAAGGCAAAGACUUCAGCCUUCUGCAGGGCAUAAAGUUCAAUGUGGAGUUUGUCAUCAGCCGUCUGAUUCUGCGUCUGCAGCACCGAGCAGCAGAACUAGCCUUAACUCACCAGUUGGGAAGCGUGCUGUUUCCUGACGCGCUUCCCUGCUCCUGCCCAGAACCUGACCUUCCCCAGCUCAAACUGUUUGACCGGAAGCUCGAGAAGAACCCAGAACAGUAUCGAGCGGUUCAACAGAUUGUGACUGGAUCCUCCAGACCGGCACCUUACCUUGUUUUUGGUCCUCCUGGGACAGCAAGAUCCUGGAGCAUGUGGACAACCACAAGGUGUACCGCAUGUACGCCUCCAGCCGGGACCCAAAGCUUGUGCCUGAUGAACUGAAGGAUGUCUCUAACCUGGUUGGGGAGUGUUAUGAAUUUCCUACUAAAGAGAAACUGAUGGAGUAUAAGAUCAUGGUCACCACCCUGUUAACUGCUGGAAGGUUAGUCUCAGGAGCCAUUCCUGUUGGACAUUUCACUCAUGUGUUUGUGGAUGAGGCUGGACAUGCAGUGGAGACCGAGUGUUUAGUCCCACUUGCAGGAUUACUUGAUCCCAGUUUCUGUCAGCUUGUUCUGGCUGGAGACCCCAAACAGCUGGGACCCAUCCUCAGAUCUCCUUUUGCUCUGAAAUACGGGAUGGGAGAGUCCCUGUUGGAGCGCCUGAUGAAAAAUUUUCCUCUGUACCAGAAGAACGAAGGCGUUUUCAACAGUCGCUUCGUCACCAAACUGCUGCGCAACUACAGAUCCCAUCCUGCCAUCUUGAAAAUUCCCAAUGAGCUCUUCUACGAUGGGGAACUGCAGCCUUGUGCAGAAGAAUAUUCACGCAGCUCUUACUGCUACUGGAGACACCUUCCAAAGACGGACUUUCCGGUGAUCUUCCAUGGGGUGGCUGGACGUGAUGAGCGUGAGAACACCAGUCCUUCAUUCUUCAAUGUUGCAGAGAUUGAGGUGCUGAUGGACUACGUGCAGAAACUGCUGGAGGCGCAGGGCAAGAAGGGGGAGCCAAAAAUCGCGCCUAAGGAUAUUGGCAUUAUCGCCCCCUACAGGAAACAGGUGCAGAAAAUCCGUAGAGCUCUGGAAAAGGUUGCCAAGAACUUCAAAUCUCAAAACAUGAAUGCUCUUAAGGUGGGCUCGGUGGAAGAGUUCCAAGGUCAGGAGAGGAGAGUGAUCUUGGUAUCUACCGUUCGCAGCAGCUCUGAGUACAUGGAGUUUGACAAAAAGUUCAGUCUGGGCUUCGUCAAGAAUGAGAAGAGAUUCAAUGUGGCAGUGACUCGAGCCCAAGCCCUGCUGAUUGUGGUGGGAAACCCUGUAGUGUUGAAGACGGAUCAUACCUGGGCUCGUUUCUUGCAGUACUGCAAAGAUGAAGGAGGCGACACUGGCUUUAAACAUGAGGAGAACAUUGAGGAUGUGGAAAUUCGAUUUGCUGCUCUCUGCAUAAGCAUGGAGAGCCAUGCAGAAGAGACAGACGAGAGUGCUGUCCAGCGGUACCAAAGUCCCGAGUGGAGGCAUGAUAUUUGAACACUUGAAGAGCCCGGAUGCCUGUGAUUAAAAGUCAAACUUUGUUCAGAGCAAUCAUACUUGUGUAUAUUGUGUUAUACGAUCAACGUGCUUUCAAAAGGGCUUUUUUGAAGUUCUCAGUUUUUAACUAUUGCAGGGAGUAUUUCAAAGGAAUAUAUUUUUUUCAAUUGUAUGUCAAACGUGACCAAAGAUAAUGUAUUGUUUGAAACUGAAACAUUUUUAGGGCAGUGAUCAUACUUGGCUCUAUCGGUAGGCUGUUGCUUAUACAUUUCAAAAUUUGUCUAAUCAGAGGACAAAAAAAAACAAAUGCUUUUAAUGUUUUUUCCUAGAUUUACUUUUUAAUUGCUGGACCUUCUUUAAUAAAAUAAAUCCAGUACAGUUUGACUAAUACUUGAUGAAUUUUGUGAAUAAAGAUGAUAAAAAAA